UUAAAAAACUGUUAACAGAGAAUAAGUAACGUUUUAUGUUUCUAUUAUAUAUAAAUUUUAUAUCGUAUUUAUUCGAUUUACAAGUACAAUGUCUGCUGUUAAAAAUUUUCGUGUUAUUAUUAACUUGUGCCAGUGGUUUAACGAUCACAGACACAGAGCAAGAAUAUUCAUAAAUGAUAAUAUUAAGACAAUUGGUGAUCUUAAAAAACGUAUUGAAAAUAUAUUUCAAAUAAGAGAUUUUCACUUAAGUAGUCGAAAUGAAUAUCUACCGUCGUCAGAAGAUGUUAGAAUUCUGCAGAAUGAUGACGUUGUUUGGGUCGUGCAAAAUAAUGUACCAAAGACCACAACUGUGGUAGUGAGUAACUCGGAGAAUAUUAUUAAGAAUAAAAAAAGGUCGAUAUCCAUAAUAGAAGACUACACAGAACAAGACGCUCCACCUGCAAAGAAGAAGAAAAAGAAAAAGCACAACCAAGAGAAGAGUCCAGAUGUUAAGCAUCCAUAUUCACCCGAAGAAGAGCCUAAAAAGAAGAAGAAACAUAAACGUAAUGGAAAUUGUACCGAGCAAAAAGACGUAUUUGCACAGACUGAAGAUGUUACACAUAAAGUUAAGAAAAUGAAAAAAAUGGUAACUAGCACUUCAAAUAAUUAUACAACACCUAAUACAUUAGAGGAUUCCUGUACUGAAAAUGAAAGCAGUUCUGUAAAUAUAAACAAAUUAAUACCAGUUUUACAAUCACAUAUUAAUUCCCCCAAAAAAAAAAUUAGUAACAAGACAGAAUCUAUGUCAGUUUCCUUAGAAACUUCAUUAAGUGUUCCAACAACACGUAAUUUGCAGUCAGAAUUACACGAGGAUGGUAAAGAACCAUACAAAUGUAAAGGAGCUUUGUCAUCUUAUAAGAAAAAAGUAUCAGUUCCUACAAUAACAGACAAAUACUUACAAGAGAAGAAAGUAAAUAUUGUCAAGAUAGAAUACUUAUUGGGGGGGCCACCGCAUGUAAAGGAAGUGGAAUUAACUACGAAUAAUGGGGCAGCUGAACAUAAAAGUUAUUCUAGAUGUUGUUACAGUUCAGGAAAUAUUGAUAAUGGUAUUGAUCAAAAUUCAACAGUAUUGACACCUGAAGUGAGAAGUUCCUCAGAAAUAGAAGUAAGUGCUACAGACAAUAAUAUUUGUUCCCCAGCUAGCGAAAAUGAGAACGUUAAAUUUAUUCCAAACUAUGAUAAAAAUGAUAUCUCUUACACUAUUAUGUCUAACAGUCUGAUAUCUAGUGAGGGCGAAACAGAAAAGUGUAUUAACGAAAGUCAAGCAUUGCAAAUUAAAGAUAAAAGUUUAAACAAUUCUAUUGGUGAAAAAGAAGUUACAAUACCAGAUUCAGAAGUAAAAAAACCUUUACUUACCAAUUCCAUUGAGUCAUUAAGCUUCAAGCAAGCAUCUGGUAAAUCUUCCCAACAUACUCCAAUUAAUAAUAAGGAUUCUAAAUUACGAGAAGCAAUUAAUAGUACAUUUCAUAAGCCAAAAACCCAUACUUCAUUAUGUGACGUAUUAAAAAAAGAUACUUACAGAACUUCAGAAAUUAAGCAGGGCCCUAGCUUAAAUAAGUCAGUUAUACCAUUGAUUAAAAUAGACCUUUCUUCUGAAGAAAAAAAUAAAAAUCCUCGUGAAACAGUGCCAGAAUCAAUUAAUUAUCCUGAAUUACAUUCAUCUUUAGACAAAGAUGUCAGGAGCUCACUAAACAACAUUGAAUGUGAAGUAGAUACAAAAUAUUUAGAAAAAAUUGAUAGUGAUGUAUCAUUUUCUAAUAAGAGCGUUAACAAUCUUAUCGAAAAUAGUACUAAGGAACUGCAACAAAUUAAUGCUUCAGAUCUGAAUAAUUUCGUAAAUAAAACUGAUGUAUUUGAAGAAAAUAUCUGUACGGUAUCACAAACAGAAUCACCAAACAUUCAAAAUAUCUUGAAUGAAGUAGUUAACUUGAGCGAUAAUAGUAAACAGUCAGACAUAGAUUUAACUGAAGACGUUCUAAGGUCUUCUCCAGAUACCAGUAUAUUAAGUCGUGGAAGUAGUUCAACAUUUUCAAGAAGAAAACAACUUUCAGGAAUCGGUGAGCUUUUGGGAGAAUUAAGAAAUAGUGAAUCGUUAAUUACUGGUGAGAGCAUGGACAGUGAUCACAGUGAAUUUGUAACAAAACGAAAGAGGAAACGGAUUCGAAAAAGAAAGAAGAAAAACAAUGCCGUAAAUAACACUUCACUCAAUGACAGUUCUACUGUUGAAGAUUCCCAUAUUGUACCAAAACCUAUAAGAAGCAAGGCCUGCCCCACUUUACAUUUAAAAUUUGAAGAGGAAGACGGAGGACAUCUAAAGGUAGUAGAUCUAACCGGAAAAGAGAAUCAGAAUGCAGAAAACACCGAAACUGGUAUGGAGACUUUUACUACGGAAAAUAUCAGUUUAGAUAGCGACGCUUCUGGAAAUUUCAGUAUUGAAGAAGAAUAUAUUCUAAAGUCACCAUCUAUAAAAAAAAUACUACCCAAAGUAGGAGACAUCAUUGCAUUUAAGAUCCUGCGAAUAACGGAAAACUAUACGCCGGAGGUAUCUUCAUACAUAAUAGGAAAAGUUACAGAGUUUAACAAUGACAGCAAAGUUGUACUCUACGAAAUCCUUAAUGGAUUAGAGCAUUGUAAAGAUCCAGAAGGUAUACUCUCUCUCGAAGGAACUGAUGAAAUUGAGGAUAGUAACAAACGAGAAUUUGCCUGGGCAGACAUUAUAGACCCUAGACUGCUUUUUCCAUAAUAUAAGAAUAGUUUUCCUGUGCUAUAAUAAAUUUAGUGGCAUCGGAAAAGUGAUGUAUUUUAGCAUUUUAAGUUUCAUAAUUUAGUGAUAUAUUUUGUAGUAGACUUGUGUUCCAUUUUUUUAAAUGUUACUUCAAUAAAUUAUGCA